ACACCCCUAAAGAAGACUAAUGCCCUCAUUGCGCAGAUGGGAAUAACCUUCCUAAACGCAUAUGUUCCCAGUGCACUUUGCUGUCCCAGCCGAGCUAGCAUUUUAACAGGAAAAUAUCCACAUAAUCAUCAUGUUGUUAAUAACACUCUGGAAGGAAACUGUAGCAGCAAGCUAUGGCAGAAGAUUCAAGAACCAUACACCUUCCCAGCACUGCUCAAAACUAUGUGUGGUUAUCAAACAUUCUUUGCUGGAAAGUAUUUGAAUGAGUAUGGAGCAGAGGAUGCAGGGGGAGUAGGUCACGUCCCUCCUGGAUGGAGUUUUUGGUAUGCUUUGGAGAAAAAUUCAAAGUACUACAACUAUACUCUUUCAGUAAAUGGCAAAGCACGAAGGCAUGGUGAGAACUACAGCGUAGAUUAUCUGACAGACGUACUGGCCAACAUGUCAUUGGACUUCUUGGAGUAUAAAUCUAAUUUUGAACCUUUCUUUAUGAUGAUCUCAACCCCAGCACCGCACUCGCCUUGGACAGCUGCUCCACAGUAUACGAAGAGCUUUCAGAAUGUCAGUGCACCAAGAAACAGCAAUUUUAAUAUUCAUGGCAAGAACAAGCACUGGUUAAUUCGACAAGCAAAGACUCCGAUGACUAACUCUUCAAUACAGUUUCUUGAUGAUGCUUAUAGAAAGCGGUGGCAAACUCUGCUGUCAGUGGAUGACCUGAUAGAGAAACUAGUGAAGAAACUGGAACUGAAUGGAGAAUUAGACAACACAUACAUCUUUUACACAUCAGACAAUGGCUUCCACACCGGCCAGUUUUCCUUGCCAAUAGACAAACGGCAGCUGUACGAGUUUGAUAUCAAAGUUCCAUUGCUAGUUCGAGGACCAGGGAUAAAACCAAAUCAGACCAACAAGAUGCUUGUUGCAAAUAUCGAUUUGGGUCCCACUAUUCUGGAUAUCGCAGGGUAUGACUUGAAUAAGACCCAGAUGGAUGGGAUGUCACUAUUGCCACUGUUGAGAGGAGACAAAAAUGUGACGUGGAGAUCAGACUUCUUGGUGGAGUACCAAGGAGAAGGAUACAAUGGCAGUGACCCUACCUGUCCUGGCCUAGGACCUGGUGUCACGCACUGCUUCCCAGACUGUGUCUGUGAAGAUUCCUAUAACAACACAUAUGCUUGUGUAAGGACACUGUCAACUUCCUGGGACCUGCAGUACUGUGAAUUUGAUGACCGGGAGGUGUUUGUGGAAGUGUAUAACUUGACUGCAGAUCCACACCAGAUCAAUAACAUUGCUAAAACAAUUGAUCAAGAAAUUCUAGAAAAGAUGAACUAUCGAUUAAUGAUGCUGCAGUCCUGUUCUGGAGCAACUUGCCGUACACCAGGUGUCUUCGAUCCCGGGCACAGGUUUGACCCACGGCUCAUGUUCAGAAAUCACGGUGUUCGGGCUCGGAGGUUUUCUGCACAGUCCUUAUAAGGCAUUUAAGAGCCUCUUGCAAUCCGCUCCACUGACCAGUUUCUCAGUGACUGCAGCAGGUCUGUCUCUGUAACUCUCGUUCAUCGCAGCCAGAAGACUUUUAAUGGGCUAUUCAAACCCUGCGUGGAAGAAAAACCCUUGUCUUUAGCUGGUUGCCUUGUGCAAUAUGUAUAUUUUACAGCUGAACUGUAACUCUGAAUCGUUAGGCACAGCUAAUCUGUCUUGCUCAGAUAGUUGAUUACCACCUUUGUCUUUCAAGUACCUUUUCAUAUCACAGGCACAGAGGUGAACCUCUGCCUAUGAAUCUGAACAGCUUAUUUUGUUCUAAAAAUCAAUAAAUGCGUAUUUGAGUCGGGUUAGAUAGGCAGGUGCUAUUGCACAGUAAUGCUCACCCAUAUUCAGUGUCAUAGUCUUUCUUAAAAGCUAUGUUUAAUUAUAGGUUUCCUGUAUCGAGCUCAAAGCUGUUAAUGACAAUAGCAAACUAGCCCAAAAUAGCGUAGGAAGGCAUUAGUCAAAACUGUAGGAACUGACUAGCAAGUGUCUUGUGCAGAAUUAAAAUCCGUAUGUUAAAUAUUCUCUUUCACUGAGACCACUUCAAAUGAGACCAAUGAAUUUUGUAGGACAGCUUUGGUAGCUUGCAAACGAGAAUGUAAUUUCAACCUCCUUCCAGUGUGAAAUGCUGGAAUGGGUUAUUAUGUACUACUGAAAAAACUCUUAGGGUUUAAUAUAGGCUUCCUAGUGAGUUAAACAAAGAGUGAUGAGACUAACAAGUACUGAAAUAAGCGUGC